AUGCCGUUCCCAGAUGCAGAAUAUUUUUCCUGCUGUCAAAAUAGACUUAUACAAGAUGAAUUACGAUACAACAGAAAUGAUUUGUCCCAAGAGCACAUUAAAUUGGUGUCUAAUCUAAAUGAUGAACAACGACAUGUCUAUGACAUUGUAAUGAAUGCAGUGAGGUUGAAUAAAGGUGGUAUGUUUUUUGUAUACGGAUAUGGAGGAACUGGCAAGACCUUUGUGUGGAAAACUCUAUCCGCAGCUCUAAGAUCGAAGGGAGAAAUCGUGUUGAAUGUAGCAUCAAGUGGAAUAGCAUCUCUCCUUCUACUCGGUGGUAGGACUGCUCACUCCAGAUUUGCAAUUCCACUAAAUUCGAAUGAAGAUUCAACCUGCAACAUUAAACAGGGAAGUCCUCUUGUAGAGUUAAUAAUCAGAAGUAGUCUUAUCAUUUGGGACGAGGCUCCUAUGAUGAAUAAAUAUUGUUUUGAGGCUUUGGAUAAGAGCAUGCGAGAUAUUCUAAGGUUCAGUAACCCAAUGAGUUAUGAAUUACCAUUUGGAGGGAAGGUAGUAGUUCUUGGAGGGGACUUUCGACAAAUAUUACCUGUGAUUCCAAGAGGUACUAGACAAGAUAUCGUGCUUGCAACCAUCAAUUCAUCGUACCUAUGGAGAAAUUGUAAGGUAUUGAGAUUGACGAAGAACAUGAGGCUCCAAAAUGUUGAAUCUGAUGAAGACUUUAUCAACUUAAAAUCUUUUUCUGAAUGGAUAGCAAGCAUAGGGGAUGGAACAAUUGGCGGUCCGAAUGACGGUAAUGCGGUUAUUGAUAUACCGGAUGACCUGUUGUUGAAUGCAUUAGAUGAUCCUGUUGCCUCAAUCAUGAACAGUACGUAUCCAAACUUUACUUCUAAUGUCAAUGAAACUGAAUAUCUCCAAGGUAGAGCUAUACUAGCACCGACUCUUGAUGUUGUGGAGACUGUCAAUUAG